AUGGCUGCAGCGUUGGGAAUCCAAGGCAAUGUGGGAAAUGCGGCAUUCAAGGACAAAGAGAAGCCAAUGGCUGUUCGGACAGCGAACAUCAUGGCCGCCAGGGCCGUCGCGGAUGCCAUCAGAACGUCACUCGGUCCUCGAGGAAUGGACAAGAUGAUACAGUCGGGCAAAGGAGAGAAUCUCAUUACGAACGACGGAAGUACUAUGUUGAAGAGCAUGAGUGUUAUGCAUCCUGCAGCGAAGAUGUUGGUGGACUUGAGCAAUGCGCAAGAUGUCGAGGCGGGUGAUGGGACGACGUCCGUGGUUGUCAUUGCUGGCAGUCUCCUCGGAGCCGCAGACCGAUUACUUGCGAAAGGCAUACAUCCCACCAUCAUUUCCGAAUCCUUCCAGAGGGCUUCCAAAGCCGCCGUAAAAAUUUUACAGGACAUGUCCCAGCCAAUCUCGCUAUCCGAUCGGACCACCCUGCUACAAGCUGCCUCGACUUCCCUCUCUUCGAAGAUCGUGUCGCAGCAUUCUGGACUGCUGGGUCCCAUGGCAGUGGAUGCCGUGUUGAAGACAAUCGACCCAAAGACUGCUGAAAACGUUGAUCUGCGGAACAUUCGAAUUAUCAAAAAGGUAGGCGGGACCAUUGAAGACUCGGAAAUGAUCGAUGGACUCGUCCUCAACCAGCCCGUCAUCAAGAGCAGCGGUGGUCCCACCAGGAUAGAAAAGGCAAAGAUCGCCUUGAUCCAAUUCCAGCUGAGCCCUCCGAAACCAGAUAUGGAAAAUCAGAUCGUGGUCAAUGAUUACAGACAGAUGGACAAGAUCUUGAAGGAGGAGAGGACAUACCUGCUCAACAUGGUCAAGAAAAUCCAGAAGGCCAAAUGCAACGUUCUGUUCAUCCAGAAAUCGAUUCUGCGAGAUGCGGUCAAUGACCUAUCUUUACAUUUCUUGUCGCGUCUGAAGAUCAUGGCUAUCAAGGACAUCGAACGGGACGAGGUAGAGUUCUUGUGCAAGAGCACGGGCUGCAAACCCAUCGCUAACAUCGACACAUUCACGGAGGACAAGCUGGGCAUUGCGGACCUGGUAGAGGAAGUUCAGUCGUCGGGAGCUCGAUAUGUCAAGGUCACAGGCAUUCGAACGGCAUCGCCACACCAUCAAACAGUAUCAAUCGUCGCUCGCGGUGCGAAUACAUUGGUGCUGGACGAGGCAGAGCGCUCAAUCCAUGACGCCUUGUGUGUUAUUCGGUGUCUGGUGAAGAAGAAGGCCCUUAUCGCCGGUGGCGGUGCGCCUGAAAUCGAAAUUGCUUAUCAACUAGCAAGGCAGGCGCGGGAGUUGACGGGCACGGAAUCCAUAUGUUGGAAAGCCUUUGCCGAAGCGAUGGAGGUUAUCCCGACCACUUUGGCGGAGAACGCAGGUCUUAACAGCAUCAAGGUGGUGACAGACCUUCGCCACCGACAUGACAUGGGUGAAAAGAACGCUGGGGUCAGCAUCAAAAGUGGUGGAGUGAAGACGAACAUUGCAGAUGAGAAGGUACUCCAGCCCCUGUUUGUAAGUACGAGUGCCAUCGAGUUGGCAGCCGAGACGGUCAAGAUGAUACUUCGGAUUGAUGAUAUUGCACUGUCACGAUGA